CUCGGCUGCGGUGGUUUCCGGGGUGCCUCAAGGACGCGGAGAUGGAAAUCCCGAGGCUGCUCCCGACCCGCGGGCUACUGCAGGGCGGCGGCGGAGGCGGCGGCGGCGGCCCUGCGGGUAGCCGGGUCCACGGAAGGCCCUACUCGCCAGCCUGCCAGGUCCCCGCGUGCAGCCUAUUGCUGCUCCGGGGUCCCCAAGAUGGCGGGCCCGGGCGGCGGCGCGAGGAGGCCAGCGCGGUCUCACGGGGCUGGUGCCGGAACCCGCAGGCGCUGAGGCCGGAUCAGGCCCGCAGCGGCGACGACUUCUUCCUGGUGCUGCUGGACCCGGUGGGUGGCGACGUGGAGACCGCGGGUGCGGGCCAGGCCGUUGGGCCUGUAUGGAGGGAGGAGGCGGAGCCCAAACCUGGGCUCCAGGGGAGCAAGCCCGGCGCAAAUGCCGCGGACCGUCCUGCCCUGGGCUCCCGCUGCCUGUCCGCGGUCCCCGACCUUGCCCCGGCCCAGAUCACCGGCCCGGGCCCCGCCGCGGCCUUCGCGGGCACCAUCACCAUCCACAACCAGGAUCUGCUCUUGAGCUUCCAGAAUGGUGUCCUCAGCCUGGCCACUCCCCCACCUCCCGCCUGGGAACCCGGGGUCGCGCCCACUCAGCAAGCCGGAGCUCUGAUCGUCCCCCAGGCGGGGGUCCUUCAUGCCGCCCAGCCGGGCGAAUGCCCCGCGCUGCCGCCGGAACUCCUGCUGGACGAGAGGGCGGAGCCCACGCUCGCCCAGGCAUCCAAGGAUGAGGAGGAGGGCCGAGCCGCCACGGAGGGCCCGUGUGGACCCUUGGGCCCAGGCCCAAGCCUGGAGCUGUACGUGUGCCCGGAGGCACAGUGCGGGCAGACCUUCUCCAAGAAGCAUCAGCUGAAGGUGCACCUGCUGACGCACAGCAGCAUCCAGGGCCAAAGGCCCUUCAGGUGCUCCCUGGGUGGCUGUGGCUGGACCUUCACCACCUCCUACAAGCUCAAGCGGCAUCUGCAGUCGCACGAUAAACUGCGGCCGUUCGGCUGCCCAGCAGAGGGCUGUGGAAAGAGUUUCACCACUGUGUACAACCUCAAGGCGCACAUGAAGGGCCAUGAGCAGGAGAACUCAUUUAAGUGUGAGGUGUGCGAAGAGAGCUUCCCCACUCAAGCCAAACUCAGCGCUCACCAGCGCAGUCACUUCGAGCCAGAGAGGCCCUACCAGUGCGCAUUUUCGGGCUGCAAGAAGACGUUUAUCACAGUGAGUGCCCUGUUUUCCCAUAAUCGCGCCCAUUUCAGGGAACAGGAACUCUUUUCCUGUUCCUUUCCUGGCUGCAGCAAACAGUAUGACAAGGCUUGUCGGCUGAAAAUUCACCUGCGGAGCCACACUGGCGAGAGACCUUUCCUUUGUGACUUUGACGGCUGUGGCUGGAACUUCACCAGCAUGUCCAAACUCUUAAGGCACAAAAGGAAACACGACGAUGACCGGAGGUUCACGUGCCCUGUGGAAGGCUGUGGGAAAUCUUUCACGAGGGCCGAGCAUCUCAAAGGGCACAGAAUAACCCACCUGGGCACAAAGCCCUUCGUGUGCCCCGUGGAAGGCUGCUGCUCCAGGUUCUCUGCUCGCAGUAGUCUCUACAUUCACUCCAAAAAACACCUGCAGCAUGUAGGCACUUGGAAAAGCCCUUGCCUGGUCUCCACAUGUAAUAAACUCUUCACAUCCAAGCACAGCAUGAAGACCCACAUGGCCAAAAGGCACAACCUCAGCCAGGGUCUGUUAGCUCAGCUAGAAGCUGAAAAUUCUCUUACACCUAGCAGUGAACUUACCAGCCAGGGACACAGUGAUCUCAGUGAUGCAGACCUAGUGUCUCUCGUCUCAGAUGUGCCUGGCAAUAGUUCUGCUCUAGUGCAGUCAGGAAUCUUGACUAUAGAUGUGGCUUCUGUGAGCUCAACUCUGGCAGGGAAUUUCCCUGCUAAUAAUAAUUCCUUGGUGCAGACUGUGGACCCUCUGGCCUUGAUGACCACCAGUAACCUUCCUCAAGGUCUGGAUACCUCUCUCUUUUUUGGAACAACUGUGGCAGCAGGUUUUCAGCAGACCAAUUUAGAUAUGGAUGAUGUCUCAAUUGUAAGUGCAGGACCACUUGGAUCUCUGGAUUCUUUUUCUAUGAAGAACUCAAGUCAAGAGCCCCAAGCCUUGACCCCCAGCAAUAAGUUAACUGUGGACACAGAUACUCUGACUCCUUCAAGCAGCCUUUGUGACAACAGUGUCUCUGAACUACUGAUGCCAAACAAAACAGAAUGGAAUGCACAUCCUGCUACUGAUUUCUUUGGACAGGAAGAAGAAACCCAGUUUGAGUUCUCCAAUCCAGAAGGAAACCAUAGUUCUCAGAAUGAAGCAGACCUUAUCACAGUGACUGACAGUUCAUUUUUGGUAUGAAAUAACUAACCUUUCAUGGCCAUGUGACUUAACUUCUCUUGCACUCAACUUUGAGUAUAUUCUGUAUUAAAUGUUUAAAUGCAGUCAUUUCUUAUGUUUUUUCAAAAGAACAGAGCCUUGGACUACAAGUUUGGAGAUUUAAAUUUUGGUCUUGAGACUGGAACUGACAAGUUUUGUGACCCUAAGCAAGUCACUUAACCUAUCUGACCCUUAAUUUCCUUACUUACAAAAUGUGAGUGUUUGAAUAGAUUGUUUCCAAAGUCCUUUUCAGCUCUGUGUUGUCAUGAUUUUGUGCUCUUUCUUGAAAAAUUUUUGGCAUGUUACAAUGAUUGUGUUGCAUGUGCUUCUAAUAUGAUGAAAUGCGCUUAGAGAAUUAUUGAUCAUAAAAGGAGAGAUUUGUGCUUAAUUUAACUUUAAACAUUUAAUAAAAUUUUAGAACAUGCUAAAAUCUUUUUAAAAGCUAGUGAAGCACUUAAAAAAUAAGAAAGCUAAAAAUAUGGGUUAGUUCUUACUUGUUUUUCUUUCUAGCCUUUGUUUUUAUGAUUGGAGACUGUAUUUUUGUGGAAAGUGCCAUGGCUUUGAUAUGACCCAGACUCAAAGUGAAAUAUUGGCUUUAUAAUGUUGAGUAAGUGGCCUUAAAGAAGUUAUUUAGUUCCACUAAACCUCAGUUUCCUAGUUGUAAAUGGUCAUGGCAGUGUACACAUAUCUGGUACAUAUUAGACUUCUUUUUCUAUCCCAACAGUUUGUAUUGGAGGGAAAAUGUUUUGUCAUGUUUUCAUGAAUCUUUAUCACCUUUCCUGCCCCUCUAAUUUCCUCCUCCUCAAAGGUGAUAAAUUAGCAUGAUUUAAUAUCAUAUUUGUUCAGGCAAUAAAGGCUUAUGAGGGUUAAGAAGAGGGGAUGUAAUUUCUUCUUUCUACAAAAUAAGGAUUUUUCUCCACACAGUUUUUGCGUGAAUAUUGCCUAUGUGUCUGUUAGACGAGUUUGCUAGCACCUUGGCUCUGCACUCAAAGUCAGGCCAUAGAGUGACUAUGGAGCAUGCUGUUCCAAGAAAAUCGAAUGGAGGAGAGAGAGGUUUUCUCCCAUCUAUUGUCACUGCUUGCCCCCUCUCGGAGUUAGAAUGAGAGGUUUAGUCUGCAUUUUGGGUAGCUACUGUCUGUCUUACAUGAGUAUUUUACACUUUGCCAACAAUCAUGUUUGAUCCUCACAAUCCUGUCAUGUAAUUGUGGCAAAGUCUGAAUUACAACUCCUAUUAAAAUUUGGGUAACUCAUUCCAAAUGAAAUUUAUUUAGUGACUAAUAAUUCUAUGUAUAGUCAAAGAAAGGAGGAAACACUGUAUACUCUUCAUCUCUCCUUUUACACUAUUCUGAGUUACAUUAUUAAUUUUGUUUUAUAAGCUAUGGCUCUGUUUCACCUUGAUUAACAUCUGUUACCUUCAGCCUGCUCACCUUCCUCUCUGCCCUACUCCCUUGCAUGUGGCACACCAGUCCUUGCCAUGCAUCCCCUUUAAUAUACAGGUGUUUUCUGUAGCCAUCAUCUCUCAACCAUUCUACUCAUCGUCCAUUUUCUAGUCACAGUGUUUACUGCAAGUGUGUGAGUGCACUAAGAAAUUAUUUUCUUGAUUUAGAUGACAGUGUAUUUAUUUAUGAAUCAGAUAAUAAUGGGGUCAUUUUAAAAAAGGUUUUAAUGAGAAGUAUAUUUUUUCAGUCAUUUAAAAAAUUUUUCACCAUGUAGUCCUGCUACCAAACACUAUUAAUUUCCCUAAAAUAUUUUAACCCAAUCCUGUUUGCAUGUGGAUGUUUGUGGAUAACAGUUAUUAUAAUGCUUUGGCAGUGCAGUUUAUAAUUUGCUACUUUUAAAUGUAACUGUACAAUCUUUAUAAUUUUUAAAUUGGUCAUAUUAACCCUUUGAAAAGGUAAAAAGAAGGCAUAAAUUUGUAAUUCAAAGAAAUGAUCAGAGUUUCAUUGUAUCUAACCAUUUUAUAGUCCUCCCUCAGCACAUCGGAAAGAUCUGCACUCUUGAAAUCCAUUUUAAACAUGUUUUGUUGUUAAGUCCUUUGAAAUAGAUUAUUCUUUUCCUACAGAUAGAAAUGCAGAGGUCCAAGUUAAAUACACAGGUUAAGAUAUAAAACAAUAAGGAUAUUUUAAAACUCUAUCAUUCUGUUUCUUUAAUCCCUCAGUCCUAAUUCCUUCCAUUAAAAACUAUCAUAAACUAUACUUUUUCUCUACUCUGGAAAUUUCAAAGGAAAAAUUUUACUUCUCUCAAAGGUAAAAAUCUUGUAAUUCUCUGUGGGCUCACAUGGUUUCUUUCAGUCAAUUUGUUCAAGAGAUUUCCAGAAUAAUGGUGAAAAUGUCAUGAAAUUACAGUCAGAACUGUGACCACAAAGCAUAAAAGGUUAUAUUUUUGUUGGUUUUGGCAUAAAUUUGCCAUUGUUCUUUUUAAACAAUGGAGAAUGAUUAAUUUCAUUUCAUUUGCCUUUUGUUCCUCCUCAAUCCUUGGUGUGUUAAAAUUUUGCCAAUUGAAAACACAGUAACAAGAUGCCUUGCAGGAAAAUCUGCUUCUAGCACAUCUGUUGAGUAUGCUCGUCUUGAGUUAAAAUAAAGUAGUAUUGGCAUUUUGUUGUUUCAUUAUAGUUUUGCAUAAUUGAAAGCUUUGAGUAGUAGAAAUGAAAUAUGAGGAUCAUUCUUCUCUGUUGAUUAAAUGCUUCAUGUUCCCAUCCAGGAAAAAUAAGGGAAGUCUUUAGUAUAAUCAGGUAUGUACAACUAUUCCUUGAUUCCAGAUAAAGUGCUGAUUAACCCUCUGCUUGAUAUCAAACAUGCAGUUGAUUUGGUAAUAAUAAGACAUAAUUUAGAUGAAGCUCACUGGAAAUAUGUGAUAAUUGAAAUAUAAAGCUGAGAUGAAAUUUAUGUUUAUACUGCUUUUGAAGAAAAUAUUUGCUUGACAAUAAAAAUUAGCAAGAUGUGUGUUGGGAGUUUAGAGAACUGUGAAAGAAAGGAGCCGACUCUGUCUCUGUGUUCCUGCAAAAGAAAGUUUUAUUCUACUCAUUCCUACAGGUUUUUAUAGCAUACAAGGUAGUCUCCUACGUGACUGUUUUCAGGUAUUUCAGGGAGGGUGCAUUUUUUCUAAAGCCAUAAGGUGUGAUUGCAUGUCUUUGAUCUCAAGGGACAAUCUCUUUGGGGCUAGACGGAAGACAGCAGGAACAGGAGACAGGAGCACGGAAGGAGCCCCGGGACUUUAUCCUUAUCUAAAUUGGUGCCUGUCUUCAGGCACGCAAAGCUUUGGCCUUCUUCCAGCCUGGUGCCUGCCUUCAGGCUCCCAAUGCUUAGGAGGCGGCCCCCCUGUAUAGCCUAUCAAGCCAGGGAAACUUCCAUGUCUCCACAGAGAACAAUUUGUGUAAGUGCUUUGUCAGAACACAAUUACAUAUAAAAAGCAAAAGUGCUCAUUUUAUCUAUUUGUCAAAUCUGAAUUGAUGGUCCUCUGGUAAUAAAUUUUAAGCUAGGUAUCAUAUUGCUUAUUUCAAGUUACUACAGAAA